AUGAAGAACGGAACUACUACGAAGAAAGCUACUAUUCUCUCAGACGACGAGCUUAACGAAGACAAUCAAUUCGACGACGACGACGAUGAUGAUGAUGAGGUUCAGGAAGGAGGAGGAUUAAGUGUCGACGAGCUUGAGGACCUCUUCGACGAUGACGCGCCUUCUACAUCUAGCGCCCCCAAGAUUGCCAAAGCUCCUCGGAACAUGCCAUCUUCUUCUAACCAUUCGGCGCCGGGUCCCAACCCUUCUCGCACUUCUGGCUUAUCCAGCCUCGCGAAAAUGAAGAUGGGCCUUUCCUGGAAGAACAAGCCUAUGAAGGUUGUUCCCGUGACGACGCCUACGCAAAACCCGUCUUCUAAACCAACAGCAUCUUCUCCGCCGCCAAGAAAGGCCACGGCGGCUUCGCCUCCCCUGAAACCAUCGGCGCCCUCAAAAGCGCCCUCUUCGUAUCCUCCUCCUCCUCCUGCGACUGGGUCUGCCUCCGGUAGCUCAGGCGCCGACGCUACUAAACCCAAACCCAAGCCGCCUAUCCUCGGACAGAAGCGAAAGGAACCUCCUAGCAUCUUCAUGAAGCCCAAGCCGAAAAGCCGACGAAUGUCGUAAGGGGAGGCAAUCUAUGUCUCGCACUACAAAUUUCAGAACCAAACACUACCUACUCGUUUAAGGAAUCGUCAAAAUGCGG